GCUUUGAACUUCUUGAGAGCGUCUUCGAAUUAAAAAUUUCAAAAUUAUCAACAACUACGACGAAACGCUUCUAAAAGAAUAGAAUUUAAAUAGCAUAUUUAGAAAAAAAAGAAGAUCGAGAAGAAAAUUACGAAUUCGUGCUUCACUUCAAGUGUUCUAUUUUUGUGUUUUUGAGAUCCAACAAAAAAUUUAUUCAAACCAUACAAAAUGAAAUUCCUUUUGGUUGCUUUCGCUUUGAUUGGCAUUGCCUAUGCUGCUCUUCCCGAUUCCGCCACCCAGGGACCCAAUCCUCAGGAUAUCGCUACCCCAGAGCCAGAAUACAUUGAUAUUGAUUUGCCCGAACCACCCAAGCCAGCUCCAGUACAGAGAUCCUUCGCCGCAGCUGCUCCCGUUCAAAGAUCCUUUGCUGCCGCUGCUCCCGUCCAAAGAUCCUUCAGUGCUCCACGUAUCUCGUUGCCACGUCCCGUGCCACAGCCAAUUACCAACCACUUCACCGCCUCAUCGAAUGUCUUCCAACAACGUGCCGUUCCCCAAGGACAUUCCUUCAGCCAUCAAUCUGGCUAUCAAUACAAACGUCCCGUCUAUGUUAGACGUGCCCACUAUUAUCGUCGUGCUUAAGUAGUCAUGUGUGGCUCGCACUGACAUUAGGAUCCUGUUUAAGAAUGUUUUAUUAUUUGCCUGUAAAAUAUUAGUUCACCAUUCACAUAAUCACCCGCACACGUACAUACACGCCCAUACACCAAGGACUCUCGGAGAGUGGACAAAGCGAAAGGAAAGAAGAAUAUUAAAAACACAUCGUAGUCGACAUUUGUUGUAAUAAGUGUUAAGAAUUUAGUUUGAUUUUUCUUUUUUUUUUUUCUUAAUUUUUUUAUUUUGUUAUUCUAUUACAGCGAUUCUGUUGCUGGAAUGGGGCAAAUAUAUCCUUGGGAUGUAAUGGCCUCUUAGCAACAGUGGCUGAAGUUUUAAAGAGACAAAUGAUGUGUAUUUAAUAUUUGCAAUUGUUUAGUUGAAGAGUUUGUUUUUCCUAGAUUCAUCGAAUUUUUACACAAAUUAAGUUGAA